CAUCUACCUGUGGGCCUGCCUGCAAGACCACUCAUGCUGCAGCUCUCACACAGGAACCACAUUAUCCACUCUCAGCUCUGUGUAGAGUUUCCAUUGCCAUAUACAAAAUAUCACCGAUUUUUGGCUACACUGCAAGAAUCCCAGUUUGAUGAAGACCAACAAGGAAGCCGAGGAGAUUUCAGGAGUCAAUCUGAAUCAUUUUGCUGAAGACGCUCCAUCCACCGGGGGGUCCAAGAAUGGAUAUGCUUUCCAAGAGAUGGAGCUGCAGGAUGGGGGACCAGAGGAUUGUGGGCAAGAUUCACCUGUCAUUCACAAGGGCCAAAUCUAUGACAACCAGAUCCAGAUGAAUCCUGAAUGUCCUGGGUUUGGGCUUUUAAAUACAACAAGAAAAUAUGUGAAGCCAAUGAACUUCCAGGAGGAAGUGCGCGCCCACAGAGACCUGGACAGCUUCCUGGCCCAGGCAAGCAUCCUUUUGGAUGAGAAAGCUACCACUCUGGACGAGGUCCUGAGGCGAAUGUUAACUCAUGUGGUGGAAGACGGCCACGGGAGCUGUGAUGUGGACGAGGUCAUGAAUUCACUGUUCACAGACGCAGGAGGGAAGGAGUUUAAUGUUCACCUUCUGUCAGAGACCAUUCAGGGUGUGACUGCUACUUCCACUGGCAUUCGUUACCAGCAGUCCUGGCUUUGUAUCCUCUCCAAUGUGAGGAGCCUGCAGAGACGUCAUGUGUGCAUCGCCCGCCUGGAGAGGCCACAGAACUGGGGAGUCAACUGCUGCGAGGCUCGCUACGUCAUCCUCAUCCUGGCCCCUCCCAGAACGAAAAGCACCAAGACGGCCAUUGAACUCGGUAGAACAUUUGCCACAGUGUUCUCUGACAUUUCCUUCAGACAGAAGCUUCUGGAGGCCAAGACCCAGGAGGAGUUCAAACAGGAGCUGGUCUACGAGCAACAGCAGCUCUCCAUAAUCAAUGAGAAGCCGAUCGUAGAGGAAGUGGAGGACUCAGAUCCACGUAGAGGGAAAUCACUUCAGUGCAAAGAUUUCUUUAAAGCUGGUAAAGGUGUUUAUGACGACUUCUGCUGCAGACUCCCCCUCUACCCCUCAGACUUCACAGAUGGUUUAACUGGGAAGGACCGCUGUCUGCUGAAGUACACUACCACUGCUAUUUUCCUCUACAUUGCCAUUCUACUGCCUGCUAUUGCCUUUGGCUCAUUGAAUGACGAAAGCACAAGAGGAGCGAUAGAUGUUCAGAAGACCAUUGUUGGCCAGAGCAUUGGAGGAGUGAUCUACGCUUUGUUUGCUGGCUCACCACUUGUCAUUCCACUGACCACUGCACCACUGGCCAUCUUCAUAAGCGUCAUCAGGGGCAUCUGCGAUGACUACGACCUCGACUUCAGUGCUUUCUACGCUUGCAUCGGUUUAUGGAACAGUCUGUUCCUCAUCCUCGGAGGCUUAUUCAAUGUCAGCCUCCUCAUGAAACUCUUCAAACGCUCAACAGAAGAAGUCAUUGCAUUGUUCAUCUCAAUAGCAUUUGUCGGGGAUGCAGUGAAAGGCACUGUCAAAAUUUUUAAGCACUUCUACCACGGGCCCACACUGGCGACCAGAAACAGCACGUUGGUGCUUCAGCAGAUUAAAGGGAUUCUAGAGAAGACGAACAACCAGAUGGGAAACACGCUCGGGGAUCAUAAUGAGACUGUGUCACUGAUGGGACAUGCAGAAGGACAUGCGUUAAUCUUCCUACCUGAGUCUCUGGUGUUGACCACAAGAGAAAGACCCAUCCUCUGUCUACUGCUCAUGUUGGGGACUUUGUGGCUGGGUUACACCCUCUACCUCAUCAAGACGAGCCCGUAUCUGAAUGACAGAGUCAGAGAGGUGGUGUCUGACUGUGCUUUGCCUAUCUCUGUGGUGAUAUUCUCCUUCAUUGGCUCAUACCUUUUCCUUGACAUACAGCUUCCUGUGUUCAGUGUCCACGACGGCCCGAUCUUCAACUUCCCUCCAUUUGAAAAGCUGUCAGGAAUGAACACACUGAGCGCGGUCGGGCUGGGUUUCCUCCUUGCAUUGCUCAUCUUUAUUGACCAGAACAUCGUCAUCUCACUGACACAUGUACCCGAACACAAGUUGCUAAAAGGCACAGCGUUCCACUGGGACUUAAUGCUGACUGGCUUCAUCAACAUCCUCAUGUCCUGCCUGGGGUUGCCAUGGAUGCACGCUGCCUUCCCACAUUCCUCCCUACACGCCCGUCAGCUGGCCAAAGUGGAACAGCACGUAGAGAACGGACACCUCUACACGACUAUUGUCAGUGUGAGGGAGACACGCCUGACCUCGCUGGUGGCCAACAUCCUGAUCGGCUUGUCUGCAUUCAUGCUGCCCAUUCCUCUGCAGUGGAUCCCCAAGCCCGUCCUCUACGGCCUCUUCCUCUACAUCGCAGCCACUUCACUUGAUGGGAACCAGAUGGUGGACCGCAUGGCCCUGCUGCUUAAGGAACAGACAUCCUAUCCUCCCACCCACUACAUUCGCCGUGUGCCUCAGAGGAAGGUCCACUUCUUCACAGGGGUGCAGAUGGUCCAGCUGAUCAUCCUGUGUGCGUUUGGGAUGUAUCCUCUGCCCUACAUGAAGAUGGUCUUCCCCCUUCUGAUGAUCCUGCUGGUCCCUGUCAGGACCAGCCUGCUUCCCAGAAUAAUCGACGCCAAGUAUCUGGAUAUCAUGGACGCCCAGCACAUGUAGAACAACAGAGCAAUCUUAUGAAGACAUUCAUUUUCUCCAGUUAGAAGGGAAACAGUCUCAGAACUGAUUGCGUUACUAACUAAAUGAAAUGCAUUUGGACUGCAAGAUUUCGAUGCGAGCGCUCUGCUGGUGACUAGACGAUCAUUUAAACUGCUCAUUUGCUUUCUCAUUGUUCACCACACAUUUACCAUCAAUGUAGCUGAUUUUAAUAUGUAACAUUCCUACAUCUUUACUGUAUUUAACAAUAUAGUCAUGAAGAAGUUUCUGUUUUUCUUCUUUUUUUGCACACACAUCUGUAUUGAGCUGGUAACUGACAGGUGCACGAGGUAAUGUCAGACAUUUUUGUAAUAUUUAAAAAAAAAGUGUUAAUCAUUUAAUUUAGGCCUCAUGUUGUUUGAUAGAGAGCUGCUUGGUCUGUGUUCUACUUGGUUCAAAGUGUGAUGUUGAUAAGGGGAUUAGGGAUGUAGUGAGUUCAGUGUUUAGCCACAGAAGAAAAUCCAUAAUCAUUUAACUGAGUGAGAAGGAAUUUCUCACAGUUGAAAACAUCAGAGUGAAGUGUCACCUCACACUGAAGCCUGGUAUCACAAGAUACAUGUUCCAGUUGUUUAGAUGUGAAAAACUAUUUUCCUUUUGAGGAGACACACAACAUGAUAAUGUUGUUGGAAUAAAGGUAAUUGGUUCUGUGCAUUACAAUGUUGAGAAUAAAAAAUCAUACUGUUAAUAAUAAAUAAAGCCCUUUAAAGGAACUGAAUGAACAUUUUUCAUUAUACUGAACCUCCUCGAUAUUAACUCCCAAAGCAAAAUACUUAACAUGCACCUCCAGUCAUUGAUACUGUGGGUAACAGGACUGUUGCAGGACAGUACCUGCUCAAAUAUCAUCACACAGCAUCAGCACACUGCCACUUUAUUGAGUCGAGGGGACUGACAGUUGUAAAGCUCUGAUUGUUAAAUUUCUCCAAUAGAUGGCAGUAGAGGAUUUUCAGGAUGGGUUCAGAUCAGGACUGACUGAUGAUAGAUGUGUACUCACCAGUACAUUACACAAAAAAUGAGCCAGAUCCAUAUCAUCCAGUAUAAGAAACUGGAUAAUGAAGUUAAGAUUGGACAGAUAUGAACAGUUUCCCAAAAGACACCACCUUUAGAAGUUUUCUCGCAUGACUUUGUUUCAUCUGUUACUUUGUGUAAAGCCACUUUUGUAAGCCAACAAACCACCUGAUGCUUUCAUUUUAAAUGCAUUUUACUGCCUUUGCUGUGCUCAAAAUUGUUAUUCUACCAUUAAUGCAUCACCUGCUUCAUCAUGACUGUUUUCCAGGCUUGUAUUAACUGUCUGUACUAAGUGCCUUGAAUAUAUUUGCAGGGGAGAAAAACACCCAAUUGUUUGUCUGAGCCCUCUGACAAACAAAAGAAAGCUCCUUCUCACAUUGUGCUACAAUAAAGCAAUGAACACAA